UUCAUGGGAUCUCUCUCGCACUCUCGUCUGAUUUCUCGUCAAAUCUCGUCAGAAGAAGGGGACGGGAUUUAGGAGCGAUCCCGGGUGAGAGCUUCCAAGGACCGAGGUCGGCUGUCUCUUACGACGCGUGUGCGUGUGUGCGUACGUAUAUAUAUCGUACAUAUACGCGCGUGGAGGAUGACAGUCCGCUGUCCGCUCGUUCCGGGAACGUCAAAAACGCGCGUGAAUCGGGAAAGAGAGAGAUAGAAAGAAAGAGAAAGAGAGGAAGGCGUCUCGUCCGUCCGUCCGUCCAUCCCACUAUCCCUCGAACAUAUGAUCGUAACCCCACCGAGGGCACGCGUCGUGGUGAGAACGUCGUCGGUUUCCCGGAAGCGCGCUCGUUCGCCUUCCGUACCCUCGUCGCGGCCGACCUCGUCGGGUGCCGUCGUCGGUCCGAGUCCGAGUCCAAACGCGCGUGCGACUCGCGGAAAUGACAAAGCGCGCCACGCUCGCGCGUCAGCAGUGAAGAAGACAAGGUUCGCGAUCGUACGCGGACGAAUCCCGCUGGUAAUUCCGUGCGAUAGGAAGCGGAGAACGCGGCGUCAGACAUGAGUUCCGUCUGGAAACGUUUGCAGCGGGUGAACAAGAGAGCCGCCAAGUUUCAGUUCACCGUCUCCUACCACGAAGUCACGCUAGAGACGACGACAAAGUGGAAACCAAACAAAUUAAGCGUUGUUUGGACAAGACGUAGCAGAAGAGUUAGCUCGGAUCCCUUAGAUUGGGAGCCAUGCUUGAGCGAUCCUUUGAAAGGUAUUAUUAGCUGGGCAGUCCCUGACAAUCACACGGUUUCUGUGACUCUGUUUAAAGAUCCACGAACACAUGAGUUAGAGGACAAAGAUUGGACAUUUGUCAUCGAAGAUGUGUCAUCGACAGGGAAAAGGCGUCAUGUGGCUGCUGCCAAUAUAAAUAUGAAAAAAUAUGCAACCUUAGAAUCUAGUCAGCAACAACUCAAAUUGGACUUGAAGCCAACUUCUAAAAAGAUCGUUAGCGCUACGCUCGAAUGUACUUUGUCAUGUGUGUUUCUGCGAGAGGGCAAGGCGACGGAUGAGGAUAUGCAAAGUAUGGCUAGUUUAAUGUCGGUUAACAAUAACAGCGACAUUGCACCAUUAGAUGAUUUUGAUAAUGAAGAUAUACCUGAAGACGUCGAGGAAGUAUCGGUAAAAAAUUUGGACGAAAUUUUAGAUAUCUCUGCUCAACUCGAUUUAAUGACGAGCAGUCUCACUGAAAGUGAAUUACCCAGUACUCCUAUAAGUGUGGCAAGUUUAUCAAAGGACGAUACAACUCCUGUGAACGAUGGAGAGCAUUUUAUACGUGACAUUAGUCUGACAGGAAUUGGAGAGUCUUUAAAAGAAAAAUCACCCAUUAAAGAUAGUGUUGCCGUUGAAAAUGAUAAAAACAUUGAACAUAGCACUUUGAGAUUACCGUUGCAACCAUUGGAUCUUAAAAAGAAUGAUAUGAACGUUCCAAGACUGAAAGAGAUCACUCCUGGUCAAGAUUUAUUGGAAUGGUGUAAGGAAGUUACAAAAGAUUAUCCCGGCGUCAAAGUCACCAAUCUAACGACAUCGUGGAGAAACGGAAUGGCGUUUUGCGCGGUUAUUCAUCAUUUCAGACCUGAUCUGAUAGAUGUAGACUCCCUAUUGCCGCACGAUGUAAAAGGCAACUGUAAGAAAGCGUUUGACGCGGGUGAAAUUCUUGGCAUACCUAGAGUUAUCGAACCGGCUGACAUGGAUAUAUUAACGGUACCUGAUAAAUUAGCUGUGAUGACAUAUUUGUAUCAAUUGAGAGCGCAUUUUACCGGCCACGAACUGGAGGUACAUCAAAUAGGUAAAACGACAGACGAGUCCUCUUAUAUGAUUGGCAGAUUUAAUACAGAUAACAACACGGACGUGAGUGUUCAACUAUUUGGCCAAGAGAUUAUUAAUUUACGGAAAAAGGAACAGAUCGAUCAGAAAAACAAUAAAGCGGAGAGUAACAGACGGUCGAAUCCGUUCGAUAAUAAGAAGGACGACAUUUGCAUCGACUCGUUAAAAAACAAGCUGCACCUGAGCCUGAAUACUGACAAUCAGGAUCACGAUCAGUGUAACAAAGACAAAUCACCGUCCAGCGUGAAGGAGGUCAAGGACAUCAUAUUAGCCAGCUCAAAGAGCAUUUUGGGCAAGGUGCUGUCGCCGACCAAGGAAAAGUAUUCAUCACGAGAAAAGAGCAAGUCUCCGCCGAGAGUUCAACAAGCGCAGCAACGUCCGAUACUUAUGACACGCCGGCAAUUAACCGAUCCGUUCGGCUCCGACGACGAAGAGGAGAACAUACAGAUAAUCGACGACAAAUGGUCGCAAUCGAUCUCGCUUACCAAAUCGCAAAGUCCGGUCCGUGAUGACUCGGUAAACUCUGACGAUAGAGGAAGUCGAGGUAGUUCCGAAUGUCAAGGUGCAUCGCCGCCGUACGGAGAUCAACGUUCACAUUCAUUGGUUAGUCGGCACGAUGAAUUGCGAGAGCGAGCGAGGCAACUCCUGGAACAAGCCAGAAACCAAACAAAGCCAACCGGAUUUGUUUCCGCCGCGAUUAGUCCCGUCGAGACACAGAACGACGACGAGAGGCAACAACAAUUGCGGGAAAGGGCGAGACGCUUGAUUGCGGAAGUGAAAAUGGGUGUCGCUGUGACUCCGAGUCAAUUGAAUGACGAUAACAACAGUGAUAGACGAUCGAUAGACGAGCAGAAUAAUAGUCCUAGACGCAGCAUUACGCCGUCGACGCCCGGUGAUCGACUCAGUAUAAAGUCCGAGUAUAAUGGAAAUAUAUUAGGUAACUCGAGUGUAAUUGAUGGAGAAAAGAAAACUGGCUCGCCUUUGUAUUCCUUCUCCAAAAUCAUUGAAAGAAUUUCACCCGAUAAAGGAAGUCCCGAUAGAACUCCAUACACACUUCGCGGGUUGGGUAAAGACAUGACAUCAUAUAUUCAAAACGAGCUCGAAGCGCUUGAAAGAGAACAAAAUCAGAUUGACAUACAAGCCGGCAAGCUUGAAAAACAAUUGAGAGCAGCCAUGGAGAGCGAUAAUGAAGACGAAACAGAAAGACUGAUGUCCCUGUGGUUCACUCUUGUUAACAAAAAGAAUGCACUCUUAAGAAGACAAAUGCAACUAAACAUACUGGAGAAAGAAGAUGAUUUAGAACGAAGAUUUGAGCUCUUGAAUCAUGAAUUAAGAAGCAUUCUCGCAGUAGAAGAUUGGCAGAAGACACCCGAGCAAAAAAUGCGUGAAAAUUUAUUGUUGGAAGAGUUAGUAUCUAUUGUAAACAAAAGAGAUGAAUUGGUGCAUCAUCUCGAUACACAAGAAAGAGCCAUUGAAGAUGAUGACGAAAUAGAACGUGAUUUGUCUCGCGCUGGACUAGCUCAACGAAAUAAAAAUUGCGUUGUGCAAUGAAGAGUCAACUAUCUAUCGCGUUUUUCCAACACUAUUAUAAAGGCAUGACCCAUGUUGCUGUGGAGUUGCCAAAAGGUCGACAAAAUUAAAUGUUGAAGAAUUAAGUGUGACGUUUUAUGAUCGCUUCAUGGUCACGAAAAGGUCGUUUUUAGAGACUCAUUUUUUUAUUAUGCAUUGUAGAUUAAUUCAUCGAAAGGUAGGAAAACCAAUUUCUCCAUCUUCUUUAUUUGUAAUAUAAACUCGUCAAUCAAUAAUUCAUAACAAAAGAAAAAAAAGGAUUAAAAUAAUUAUGAUGGAGUGAUUUUUUUGUACGUUAUCGAGCGCAAUAUUGAUUAUGUAAUAUAAACAUUUUAUGCUUUAAAUGAAAUAUUGCGCGUUAACAGGACUGCGUGCAAAUAAAACGAUAUAUAUUGUAUAGAGAACCUUUGAGAGACCGGCAACUGAAUCACGUGACCUAUUCUGUGAUCGACUGGUAUAAAUGUACAGAUUUUGCAUUAUGACGCCGAUGCGUUGUGUCGGGAUGAAUAUGAAAGCUAACGAUUGGUCGCGAAGCUUUCGGUAGCUCGCAUCCCUAUCAUUGCAUUGGCGUCGCUAUAUAAAAUUCGCACAUUAAUGUCAGCCAAACAUAGAGUAGGUCAUACAGUUGGCGAUUUUCUCUCCUAGAGGUUCUCUAGUAUUGUAGAAUGAGGAAUCGUGCAGACUAAUUUAUAAUCGAUAAAUAAAUGAAAAGAAACAAUUUUUUUUAAUUAAAAUAUGAGAUGCUAGCAAAAUAACAAAUGCAAAGAAGCUCGGAAAGCACGUAAGUUAGUGAUAAAAGUAUGCUUUAACAAGAUUUAAGAUCUAAUCACGAAGCUAUAUUUAGUGUUAUAUAUUUUAAAAGAUUUUGGUUAUAUAUUAAUUAAUAAUUGGUUCAAGAGAGUAUAAAACUGAAUGCAGUUCUUUCUUGCAAGUAAAUUCUAAGACAUUUGAUUUAUGUAAAAAAUUUUGUGGCUUAAUUAUUAAGAGAUUUAAUACCGGAAAGCCAAAGAAAGAGUUGAAAUAAGUACACGUGAAAGAUACGUAAAAAGCAAUUUAGUAAAUAUAUUUCGCGAAAUAUCGAUCCAAAUCGAUUUACGGAAAAUUGAUUAUAGAACUGCGAAAAGUGGAUCGAUGUUACGUGUAGUUUUCGUACUCGCAACAAUCGUUCCCAUCGAGCAUUCGCAUGUACUCUAUUUGUGCCAUACAAACGAAUUGAUAUACUUUUUACAUCUUACGGGUUCGUGUUGUCGAGUUCGUAUAAAUGCGGGGAAAUGCAUUAAAAACGAAUCCGAAUAAUCUUAUUGACGGUAUGCAAUUUUAAAUGUUACCGCGGUAAGAUUAAUUUUUACUAAGAUUAAUUCUUAUAUGUGGUAUAUCUGCGUGUAAUAAGAAUAUUAUGUUAACUAUAACUUUCUAUAACAAAGUGGUGGUUACAUUCAAGUGUCUUGGCUAAUGUUACAUAUAAAGGAGAAAAAAAAACAAAUUCAUUCGCUCAAAAUUUUUCAGCUUAACGGAAAUCUCGGGGGCAAAAAAUUAUAACGAAUGUUUAUUCAUGGUUUCGUUUGGAAUCAUGUAGAACUGGGGUGAUAAAUAAUUGUCAUCUUUUUAUAACUGCUAGACGUGAAAUCAUUGAUAAACGAUAUUGUGACAAAAUCACAUUGCUAAGCACAAUUGCUCCGUAAAAUGGAGAAUAGAAUACAGAGCAGGGUUUACCUGCUGAAAGCAAUAUACAGAUGUGCAUCUAUUUCCCAUAAGACAAGACAAAGUUAUUUUUUAAUUCUUUCAUUGUUUUAUUGUGAUUUCAUUAUGAAUUCACAAAUUUAAUAUUUAGAUAUUGAGAAAAUACUCUAAUAUUAAUUUUAAAUAUUGAUUUGUUUUAUUAAAUAUCUGUAGUAUAGCAAAAAAUUCUGAAAAUUCCUAUUUUUAAAAUAAAAUUCAUGAAAUAAGGAGUUAAAAACGGAACGUGUAGAGAUUAGUUGUUUUAUGUGUGUUAUGCUUGACAAUCACAGAAUGUUGUUCAAAUUUCUUAUCGAACAAAGGAUUAAUUAUGAAUGUGUUUGUCGUCGCCCAUUAUAUCUAUAAUUCAAUAUAGUAUAAUCCGCGAAAGUUGAGAAUAUAUUAUCUCUCUUUUGAAACUAAUCUUUGUUUAAAUAAAUUAUGAAUUUUAUGUUAGUAUAUACUCACAUAACUAUUCAUAAUUAUUGUUAAAACUGUAUUACAAAUGUAUAUGAAGAUGAUGCGCGAAUGCUUGAAACAUUAGGAUAUCAAUACAAUUCAGGAUAGUACGACGAUUGAUUUGGAUAUAUAUAUAUAUAUAUAUGUUCCAAACAGACCAUAUAUAAAACCGCCCUCCUGAAAGCAUAAUAUAAUUAUCAAAAUAUAUUUAGAAUAUACGCAGUUAAGGCUUAUGAGAACAUUGAGGAAUUAUCUCCUCUUGACAUCUCCUUUCGAGCAUUGAAACAUCUCUUAAUAGCCAUAAUUAAAUCGAGUAUAGCACCUUAAACAACUUUAUAUUUUUACUUGUAACUUCGAUCCUUGUAUUUUUUUUUUUUUUUUUUUUAGUUCUCGCUAGAAAUCCGUUAAGCUAGAGUCAUAGAAUAUUGCUGAAGUUGGUCCUUAGCAAAAGAGAAAAUAGUUCUUGAAAUACAUACAAUUGGAACAUUGAGAAACGAGACAGAUAUUCUGAGUGGCAAAGUGAUCUCUGCUCUGUUAGAUCGAACAAAUCGCUCAUUACACGAUCUCAUUAUGGAGUUCAAUGCAUUCUAAAAUUUAAAUAGGCAAUUGUAAACCAAAUAUGUAUGUAUAUUAUACUAGCUCCAUCACGGUAUUUAAAUUUCUCGUGGUCUAGGGGUAAGCACGACUAGGGGCUAUCGAUUAAACGACAAAUAAUUUAGCAAUAAUUUAUUAUUCUAGUGCCUAUGAAUACUUGUAUGUUUAUAAAACCGUAGCACACUGAAUUAACUUUAAUUUAUUUUACUCUGUACUACUAUGACGGAUAAUUAUUGUAAAGAUAAUCGUUCUUGCCAAUGCUGUAGUCUUGUGGAGAUGUGCUGUUCUAUUUUCCUUUGCCGAUGUUAAUCGUAAUGUAUGUGAGAGUGCGAGCGAACAAAAGAAGAAAAAUCGUAUCACGCAAUAUUCGCCAUUAAUAAAGGAAGACUUAUAAAGCACUGCAAAAAGAAACAAUAAAUAUGAUGUUGAGGAUACUAAGAGUGCCAUUUUAGUCUUAUUAUAAUAAAAUUAAUUUAUCUACGUAUAAGUAAAAUUAAUUUUAAAAUAAAUAUGAUUUUUCUAUUAUUUGAUUAAUUUGAUUAGCUUGCAUAAACACUGAAAAAUAUAAAAUACAGCAUACCAGAUAGAAGAUACAAGAAAUAAUCAAAAUUGGCCUUCCAAUUUCUUCCAAAGAAGAACAAAAUUAUUGAGAUGAUAUAAUUUUAUUAACAUAUACUCUUGUGAUGGCAGUGAUAUUAUGUACACCAUGUAUCGUUACACGCUUAUUUAAUUUAAAUGAUUGCUCGUCACCGUAGUGGUUAUCAUGACAAUGUAUUGACUAUAUAAAUAUCGAUCGCGCUGUACAUGACGAAAAGUUAAACAGACUACAUACUAUUGUACACUAAUUAAUAAUAAAAGUGACAUUUCUCUUAU